AUGACUUUCCUAUUGACAUCCUACAAAUUUGAUAUCACUUCUCCAGCGUUAACGAACACUAUCCGAAUGGGAAGCGAAGACGCCGAAGUCAUGAGGAAACGUGUCAAGCCAACUAUGGAACAGAAAGAACCAACUCCGGGAGAUAGUGCUGCUGUUGAGAUUGUUGAAGAAAAAACUGAAAGCAAUCCUGUGGCAUCUGAACAGAUGGAGCUUCACAUCACUCGCAUUCUUGAGAAGAUCGAUCACUUUACUCUGCUGGUGUCCGAGUUACUGGAAUCUGGGAAGUCACUCCUCCACGAACUAAGUAACGAAUUCGAAGAGCGAGUGAUUUCAAUACACAAGGAACAGGUAGAAAAAUGGCAAGAAGAGAUCAAAGAACUGCGGAUGCUUGAUGCCUCGAAUGAGGAUUUUAACGCUCUUCUGCAGAAUGCUGGGUAUCUACUACAGAAUGUUCACACCGAUUCCUGA